GAGACUGGACCACCGCCCUUAAAAUCUAAAACCCAUCCGAACCGUCCAAUGGACUGGUCAUCAUCACCAUCACCAUCAAACCCCCAUACACACAGAUACUCUCUCUCUCUAGCUCUCUAAAACCAACGAACACGAAGAAACACACGGAAAGUUAGUGCAGAGAGAGAGAAAUGGUGAGGAAGUGUAGGGAGAUUGCAGUGAUGGAGGUGACUCCGGUGGGUGUGAAGACCAGGGCUCGAGCGCCUCUAGCCGUGGAGGCCGCCAGCUCCGCCACCAAGAUGAAGAAGAGGAAGCUCAACCCUGCCAGGGAACUGAAGGUAUCGUCGCCGACGUCUUCCUCAUCCUGUAUUCAAUUAAGGAGCCGGAGAGGCCUGACGAUAACGCCGGAGACGACGGAGGAACGUCGGUACUCCAGCCCUAGCUCCGAUCACGAUACGGCGACGUCGUGUUGCUCUAGUAACGGAUCGAGCUCGCUGCUCUCGGAGGAGGAGGAGAGAAGCGAAUUCGUAGAUCUGCAGGAAGGAAAUGCUGAGGCCGAAACAUCCACGUAUAGUUGCUGCAGAGAAAGAAGAGAAACGACGCCGUCGAGCGAGCUUCGAGCAGAAUCGGACGACCUGGAUUCAACGGCUCGGCCAACCGAGGCGAACUCUAGCUGCAGAUCAGCGGCGGAGAAGAAACAGAAGCCAACGCAGUCCGAGAUCGAAGAAUUCUUCGCCGACGCCGAGAAGGACAUGCAAAAACGCUUCAUGGAAAAGUACAAUUACGAUAUUGUCAACGACGUGCCCUUGGAAGGACGCUACGAGUGGGUUCGAUUAGAGCCAUGAAGAGAAACAAAGUGACCUUUCCAGGCUUCCAGCUACUUCCAAUUCAAUUAGUUUAAGCUUUUCUCUAGAGUUCUUUGCGUUUUUUUUUUUCUUCUUCUCUUAAUUAAAUUAUCUUCCCUUCCCUUUGCUUUUGGCGUUUUUUUUUUUUUUUCUUCUUUGCUUUUGGCGUAUAUGUACAGCUAGCUCUCUUUUAUCAGGUAGAAGAAGCGCUCUAGCUCUCUGUUUGUUCCUUGUACGGCUCUGCCAAAAAAUUGCAAAAAAUCCUCGUGAGAGAGAACAAACAGUUGAUCAAUAACAAAGUUCAAUUCUCAUUCCUUUUA